AUGUUCCGUGUUCAAUCAAAAAAAUUUCAAAGUUCACUUUCACGUAAUUUAUCCCAAAUAGUUUAUAACUGUUGCGCAAAUAAAAGAUAUUUAUUAAUAAUCAUACUUUUCCUAUGUACAAUGUCAAUGAUUUAUUCAAUAUUUUAUGCUCGAAUGCAAUCACAAUAUACAGAUGGAACAGAUGUUUGUUCGACAUUAACUGAUAUUCUUUAUAAUAGUAAUAAAACUCUAUGUAAUACAGAAGCUAGUCUUCGUGGCUCUAAACAACGAAUUAUAGCAUUAUCAAUAUUUGGUCCAAAAGAAAACUCCUUAUAUAACGAUGAAAAUUUUUCACAGUUUAUAUUUCCAUUUAUCGACGAAGCUAAACUAUUAUUUCCAACAUGGAUAAUACGUUUAUAUGCUGACGAGUUGACAAUAAGUCGGUUAAAUUUAAAAAAAUUAUCGAGCUUGUCCUCCAAUAUUGAUGUAUGUAAUAUUAAUCAAAUACCAAUUAUUGGCAAUGUUGGAGAAUAUUUGUCUGGAAAGCUGUGGAGAUUUUUACCAGCACUUGAUCCGAUGGUUGAUUUUGUAUCAUCACGUGAUCUUGAUUCACCAUUAACAAAACGCGAACAAAUAGUCGUUGAAAAAUUCGUGAAUUCAUCUCACCUAUUUUUAACAAUACGUGAUCAUCCUUUUCAUGGAAUUCCAAUACUUGGAGGUUUAUGGACAAGUGCAUUGCAUAGAAAUCGUUUAUUGUUUCUUCAUUCAUUUAGUAUUUUACUUGAUAAAAACCAGGUACAAAAAUAUUCUUCAGUUCAUGAUCAAAGUCUCUUAACUGAAUUAAUAUGGCCAAAAAUCAAACAUCAAACAUUAGCAUUUGAUUCGUAUACAUGUCAACAGUUUCAAGUAGAACAUCAACAUCCUUUUCCUACGCAAAGGUCAUCAAGAGACUGUCAUGUAGGCUGUGUUAGACCUUGCUGUCAAAAUUCAUCAAAUAUUCUAUUAAAAAUACCGUGUCCUGAACAAUGUAGACCGAAAAAUCAUCUUGAUUGGAUUUAUUGCUAA